ACCGGUUAAAAUAGGAUGUCAACAAGUGACGCAGGAGAGUUGGAGCUCAGAGUUGUAGGUGGAGAGACAGCUACGCCUCUGUAUAGGACAGCACGAGCAAUACGGACUACAACUGCACGAGAACAGCAGAAUGAAACAUUCGAUGAAAGGUUCAAGCAGGCAAGUCAUCAGGAUGAUCAAACCCACACGGGACAGCAGUGUUACCCAUCAGCCGUCACACGGGAGGAAACGCACAAAGCACUAAUAUUAAGAGCGGACAGAGUAAGAAAGGGAGAAGCUGCUUGUUGUGGUGAUUCAAAGGUCGAGAGUCAGAAGCCCAGUGGACCCAGAUUCACCUCCUCCCUCCUCCUCAGACUCUCCAGAAAUUCAGGCACUGAUAAAACAGAGCGAAGACUCAAGAAGAAUUUCGACACCUGUCUGCACAGUUUACCUGAUACACAGAGCGCAGAGACUGAGAAGAGCAGCAGUCAGGUUAAUGGACAAACGUCACCAGACACCUCUAUAACGGUAGCCAAAGACUCCCCAUUAUCUGACAGGAUACCAUUUCUACCCAAGAAAGAAGACGUUAUCACAAUUGUUUACAAUGAACUGGGGUCUACCAGAGACUUGAGUAAAACUCACAGUUUCUCAAAUGGGGAGUUUGGACCACAUGAGUGUAAUGGCUUGCACAUGUUUCAAUGUGAGCCACAACCAAGGACUGGCACUAGAUCAGCUGAGAUAGAAGAAGAUAUAAAAUACCACCGAAAGCUUGGGAAACAUACUGAUUGUGUGGAACUAUCCAGCCCUACUCAAACGAUGUUGUCUUCCACUGUGGUAACAGUUCUUGCCCCACACUGGAGUGGCCGACUAAGACGGACCAAAAGACCUGAGGGAACUGGCGAUUCUGAAGCCCAGGGGAAUUUACAAGGUGUGACAAACACUUCAGAAAACCUGGCACAUGAACACUUUCAGAAUACUGUGGACAGGUCAUCAACAGAUGCACUGCAAGCACCCUUAAGGGUGCCAUUUCUGAGUACCAGGAGGAAUACAGUGGGCUGGUCAACCAAGAGUGGUCCUGCAAGCUUGGACUAUGAUUCUAAAAGGAAAAUGAUUCAGACUGUCUCCUUGGAUGUAAACUCUGGAAGGAUGGACAACAGAAAAAUGGAUACAGAUGCUUUAAGCCAUGUACCCACAAUUACAUCUCCCUUAUCACCCCUCUCCCUCGACCCAAAUGAACAAAGGAGGAAUCCACAAACUGGUCAUCAAGGAGGAAUGUCAUAUUUAAGUUCAAAACCAACAACCAGCAGUCUGCUUCUGUCUUUAAGAAGAGUCAACUCAAAUAGCAGGAACGCCAAUACAGGCUCUGGUCUCCCUGAGAAAAAACCUUCGCUUCUGAGGAGUUCGCCAAGUGAUCAAGAUGGAAAAUUCUUCUCAACAAACCUUUCUCAAACCUUUCUCAAUAAUAACGGGCAAGAGAGGGUGAAGCCCCUCCUCUCACCAUCAUCCAUUUCUUAUCGCACAACUGAAACUGGGCCUAUCCUUUCCCCAUCAUCCUCCAAUCAAAGAGAAAGGAACACAUUUGAAUCAUGUUUCUUUUCAUCAUCGCCCCUGAACAAAGACAUGGAAGACACACCCUUUUCCCAGCAACCUCAAAUAAUAAAUAGGACGCAGUCCAGUCUUUCAUGUUCAAAACAUGCAUUUCUAAGUAGUGACCCAUCAGAGAGGCAAGAGAGCCUCAGGGGUUCAGACAAAAGUACAAAUGUAUUCUCAGAGAGCUCUGCCUCUUCACCCAGACAUUCCCCCUAUGAGCGAUCAGCCCUCCUAAAAACCCAUGCCCUCCCAAGAAGGACCACCCUGACAUCCACUUGUUGGUGGAAACAGGUUAACCAGGAAGACAGCUCCUCUCUAACCCUCAACGGUACAAUGAACAUCAAAGAAAAACCAAACGCGCCCUUUUUUCCCUCCAGCAAUAAUAAUAGAGACUCUGCCUCUGCAAGUCCAAAUGAUAACAGCAGAUUUAAUUGUCAAAUCCCCACUAACAGAGACAACAAUAACACAACAGAGUCAGUUAGCAAAGGUAACAUGAACCUUAUUAUGAAGAUACAGGGAGGAACUCACAACCCCAAACAAAAAAAUGCUGAGGAAUCAUUCGACCACAAAUCUGACAGGGUUGUCGAAGAGCAAUAUGGCUCCAGUUUAAACAACAGAGAACCCCCAAAGCCUCAUAGUUUGCCUGAUGUUUUGUCUAGUUCUAAAAUUAGCAGAGCUACAGAGCAAACAACACUGAGGCUCAAGGAUCUCAGCAGGGAUGAAGUAAAUAACAGUCCACUUACAGCACAUGUAACUGAAUUACCGCCUGCUCUGCUAAAUCUCAAGAGCUCAAAUACACCCACUGAGAGCAGCAGCAAAUACAACAAAAAUCACUGUACAUCCAACACUAACAGCACCCCCGCUUCUUCACACAACAAGGACUCUCAAAAGUUAACUAAACCAACUCUUUCUUUUGCUACCACCAACACUCUCAACAGUCAAGCUCUUACCUCUAAUACCACCUCUGGUCUCCCCCUAACCCCAAACACUAAAACUAGUUCCUCCUUCCACUCUCAUCAAGUUGCAUCACAGACCAACACUCAUGCGUCAUCAUACACUGGCUCUUCUUCCCAAACACCCAAAUUCACCAACACAGCCAAUGCCACACCUCUUGGCUUUGAAAGAAGCUAUGCUUCAGUUCACAAGAAUCUCCACCCUAAAACUGUGUCCAGUCAGAUUUCUACAGUCAACGCUUCCUCUCAAAGAAACUACAGUCCCGUAUCCACUGCUAACACCAGCUCUGCUUUUACUACUAGCAGCCACCCUGCAGGCACAACUGCCUCCAGCCCAUCCCCCCUCUCCCCUCCUGUCACUUCUGCCAUUGCAUCUUUCCCCACCACUAUCACUAUUUCUUCUCUCUUAACCCCUCCUGCCACCCCUGUCAUUACCAGCCCCAACUACUCAGACACUUCUAGUCCUAAAGAGGGUAGGACAUUCUCAAGCAGUCCAGAAAGCAACCCAAAGAAACUGCGGACCAAAGUCGAGGGAAAAAGAGUGAGACGAGUAACAUGGGAGGACUCAGUGGAUCUGAAGGAUUCUGAGACCAAAGUCAAGAAGCCAGAGCCAUCUCUAGUCCCAACGAGCUCUCUGUCUUCCUCUAGGUCCCCACAAAGUGGCAAAGUUCCAGCCAUCUUUUCCUUUCUAAGAUCAAGCAGCCAAACCACAAACACAUCUUCUCUUUGCUCCCCUAGCCCUAAGACCUCCAGCAUACAGGUGAAAGGAGGGAAGUAUCGAUCCUUAUCAUCUGACUCUGCCGAGUUAAUAUCUAGAGAGCAAGAGAAGUCUAAGCAAAUACCUAGUGAUGCCAUGACCUUUGACCAGGCAAGACCCACUCCCAGACACGAGAGGACACUAUCAGCUGAGUCUGGCACAGUUCAGUGCCGUUCCUCCGCUCCUCUCUCCCUCCCUCCUGACUUUUCAAGUGGUUAUAAGCUUCGAUAUAGCUCCCCUCCUUACUCCACUCUCAUGUCUAGCAGGUCAGCACAGGGAGAAACCAAGACUUUAAUACCCAGAUCCCCCCUCUUCCAGCAGUCCCAGUCGAAGUAUAUCCCUCAUUCUUCCAUUCGUACUGAACCAGUUGGGGCCACGACCAUGUCCACAUCCAAACCCCCUCAGUCAGCUGCCAGCCUAGCUCAGCCCCUGUCUUUGCCUUUCCCAAACAGAACUGCUACUCAAGGAGGUACAAAGUGUGGGGUGUCAGACACUGAUCAAGUCAACAAUAAUCACAGUAAGAACAACAACCAGGAUCGAAAGAAUGAUCGGCUAUUACUUGUUGACAACAGAUUUCAUAAGGCGGAAAACUCCUCAACAUGUGUAACUGAGACGCUGGUUUACAGUGUUAAAUCUAAAGUAGAUACAGCUUCAUCUGCCUCAAAGAACACCACACCUAAACCUUUGCAACAUACUGCAAACACACCAGUUUCUGUGGAGACCAAGUUAAGUCAACAGUCACACAGAGCACAGAGCAAGGAAGCGCCAAGAGAACCAUGUAGUCAUUCAGAUCAGAGCUCCACUGGUAGCAGCUCAACAGAGAGUCAGCCUCCUGGUGAAAGCUCUAAGAGAAGAGUGAAGGAGAGUGUACUGGGUAAGAGCAGAUUUUUUUCGAUGGAGAGCAAUAAUGACCAAAGCCCUAAAAGAAGCCGGUUUGCACUGAAGAAGAGUGUCAGCACACCAAGCUCCAGUUUGUCGAGGUCAGACUCAGACAGGUCCAGCAAGUCUAAUAACAAAAUGGACCAGGUCCUUAACAGACUGAAACAAACAUUCAGCACUAGACGGUCUGAGGAUGAUGUAUCGUUUCCAUGGAAAUGGAAGCGGGCCUCCCAAACGCCUUCUGUUAGUGGAUCAAGUGAUGUCAGUGAUAUCACUGUUGAGAGUACCAAAAAACUAGAGCAGCAAGAGCAGGAGAACGGGAUGGUGCUGAAGGACAGUGAAAAGGGAGCAGAGAAUGCACAUAGAUGGACACAAAACAGAUACAGUCUGAUAUCACCCUCAGCUGCUGAGAACUCAGUGGCAGGAGAUGAGCUUUACAUGUGGCCAGAUAAAUCAACUCAAGAAACUGACCAAGACAAGCAAAUUGCUUGUGCAAUACACAUGGAAAGUCAAAACAAACCUCAUUUGGUAAUCCACAGCCCAACAACACAUCAAUUUGACUUUUACAAAGAUGAGACAGAUUAUAAACCAACAAACCAGUUCCUCUCUUGUAGAGAUCCCAGUCCUAUUAGGAGCCAUAGCCCCUCCGCUGCUUAUCCUAAUCAGUUCAGGAAGUCCACAUCCAGCCCCAGGAGCCCCUUUUCCCCCUUCUCCUCUCUGUCCCCUGUGUCCCCAUUUACAACACCAGAUGCUACAGAUGAUAGUGUCUUCUACAGCCCAAAACUACAGCGUCGCAGAGAAUCCUCCUCACCAUGUGAGCUGGGAGAGGGGAUCAGCCUGGGGGGUUCACGAAGAAGCCGAGCUUCCACUGGCCCUCCAAGUGUAGGUCCAGGACAGGACAGUGAUUGCAUGGCAUCCUCUUAUGCAGACUUAAAGUAUGGCAUUGAGCCUGGGAGGACGUUUUCUGUGAGUUCGGUAUUGUCCAGUCGACCCUCAGGGCCUGGUCGCAUCUCUACUGGAUCCAGGUUCAUGAGUGUGGGUGACCUCUCUGAAUCUGCCUUGAGUUGUGGAGGCACAGGUGAUGACUUGGAUCAGUGGUCUGGUAAUCCUGGGACCACAGAAUAUGAUUAUCAGCUCAGUAAGGACAGCAGUAUGGCAUAUUUCCCCAGUGACCCUGGUAAAAUGAGAUCAAGAUCUCUUCCUCGAUCACUGACAAGGCGCUUGGCAAAUUGGAGCUCAGAGGUCCCUGCUACUUCAACUGGUACUACCACAACCUCAAAGCCAUCUCGUCUCUGGAGUCCCAACAUAAACGUUUGUCCUUUUGCAUGGGAUACAGAGGGCCCUCCAACCCCACCUCCAACACCUCCUCUGUCACCAGUGUCUAGACGCAUAUCCAAACCUCCCAGCCCUUCCUCCCCUAACUUUCCCAGCUCAUCAGGAGCACCACAGCCAGUGGACACCCAGUCCUCAAGAGGGCAUCUUCCCUCCAGAGGUUAUGUGUCAAGCCUUAGCACCUUUGAGGAGUCUUCAGACAGCAAUUCAGACACAACAACAGAUGAUGAAUAUUACUUAGAAGAGGAAGGAGAUAAAGAGACAGAAUUGUGAAAGCAGAACAAUUGCUUUAAAUCCUCCCUUCUGUCAAGUCUCUGUGAUUGUCGACUUUCAUUGUCUACGGGAAGAAUGAUGGGCUAAAAUCUAUUAUGUACAGUAAUCUCUGCUUGUCUCCUGUUUUUUUGUUCUCUUCUCUCUCAUAAUCACAAAGGAGACGUGAGGUUGAUACAGACUGUUUUUUGCCUGCAUGAUUAGCUUUCCAAAAGUGGUGGUUGCUAUCAUAUCAAAAAGACAUUAAAUGAGUAAGUUUAAUAUUGUCAGUAUAGGUUUAAGGAUUAGAAUGUAUGUACAGUGUUUGACUGCAGGUCUGCAAUCUGCAUUUUUAACGUUUUUAGUUUGGACCGUUGCAUGGCAUCAGUGAGGGAUGUACAUCUGUGUAAUUGUUUUGAUGAUCAAACUACUUUGAAAAGUUAUAAUUUUGACAUAAGGCUAGUCUUUAGGUUUGCAUUUCAUCCUGCUACUUACCAGUAAGUGCUGAGGUAAUGUUGAUAAAUACGCUAUUUUCAUCAGUUUUCCUCUGUUUUAAGAUUAAAAUGAAUUGUUGUAGAAGUUUUCAGCAUAAAGCAGAUUUUUUUUUGUUAAUGUUGCUUUAAAAUUUAAAAACAAUUGUGUUGAAAAAGUUUUCUGAGAUAAAAUUAAAUCAUAUUGUAGGAUGUUAUACUUAACAUUUGAUGUCAAACAUUAUAAAGUGUUUUAUACAGUGCUUGCUCUUAUUUGCACAGUGGCAAUCUAAAGUUUAAUAUAUCUAUUUUAUAAAUAAAUGUUUUAUUUCCAACAA